CCCACAGAAAUUUCGAGCGUGCUUUUGUUGCCGAGCAACGGCUGACGUCACGGUCCUUUCACUUACAUGUGUUUCCCCGUAUAAAGAGAAAGCAUCGACCGGCAUUAACUUGACAUCGGAGGGAUUCUUCAUUAGCUGUGUUUAAUUAAUAUUACAUUCAAAAUGGAUAAAGACGAAUUGGUGCAACGGGCAAAAUUGGCUGAACAAGCUGAACGUUAUGAUGAUAUGGCUUCAGCGAUGAAAAGAGUGACGGAAACGGGAGUGGAGCUCAGUAAUGAAGAGAGAAAUCUUUUGUCUGUAGCGUACAAAAAUGUCGUUGGUGCCCGAAGAAGCUCAUGGAGGGUUAUCUCCAGUAUAGAGCAGAAAACAGAAGGCAGUGAAAAGAAGCAACAAAUGGCCAAGGAAUAUCGUGAAAAAGUAGAAACAGAACUGAGAGAAAUCUGCUAUGACGUAUUAGGCUUGUUAGACAAUUUCCUUAUCCCAAAAGCAAGCAAUGCUGAAAGCAAAGUUUUUUACCUGAAAAUGAAAGGUGAUUAUUACAGGUACUUAGCAGAAGUUGCUACUGGUGAUCAAAAGAACAGUGUUGUUGAAGAGUCCCAAAAGGCAUACCAAGAAGCAUUUGACAUCAGUGUUGUUGAGGAAUCUCAGAAAUCUUACCAAGAAGCAUUUGAUAUCAGUAAAAAUAAAAUGCAGCCAACUCAUCCCAUUCGAUUGGGGUUGGCUUUGAAUUUCUCUGUAUUUUAUUUUGAAAUAUUAAAUGCACCUGAUCGUGCUUGUCAUCUUGCCAAACAGGCAUUUGAUGAUGCAAUAGCAGAAUUAGACACACUUAAUGAAGACUCUUAUAAAGACAGUACACUUAUCAUGCAACUACUAAGGGACAAUUUAACGCUGUGGACAUCAGAUACCCAGGGUGAUGGUGAAGAACAACCUGAAGCUGGUGACAAUUGAUAGUCGUGCAGCACUACCUAUUUUGAACACGUCCCCAGCCUCAACAAAAAGCCUUUAAUUGUUAUUGAUUGCACCACCAUCUGAGCAUAGCCCAAAACUGUCUGAAGAUCAUUAGUUUACAUUUAAAAACUCUACAGUGAUGCCUUCAACUGGAAUUCUUUUGAAUUUGGAAAAGCCUUGUGGUGUCCUCUUGGCACUCAUCAUUUGCUGCAAGUAUUGGGCAUGCCAGAACUAAGCCACAAAAAAGCUGGUGGUUUCUUUUCUUUGUUUCCAAACCAGACUUUACAAGUUACUGCUCAAUCUGUUGGAAACCAAUCUCAUCUGAGCAAAACUUGUGCUGUCUGGAUGAAAACUCACAAUCGGAAUAUCCGUACAGAGCAGAAAGUUUCAUGUAUUUGCUAUACAAUAGUCUGAUCUAGGUUUAAUUUAUGGCCAAAUAUGUAAUUUGUUUUGCCUUUUGUCAGUAAUCUUGUUCUAAUGUGGUGGUAGCUAAGUUAUUUUGACAAUUUGACUGUGACGUGACAAAAUAUCCUAUGUUUUCCAAUCUAAAUUCUGGUUUGGCCCAAAAUUAAACUCUUGGUAUUUUAAUUUCAUAAUUUAUAAUAUAUCAUUUGGCAUUUUGUACAUCCAUGUGCUCAGUAUUAGUUACCAUUAAGAUUCUUAUUAGUUUGAUUAAUCAAUUAACAAAGACUACUGUUGACCUUAGUGGUAAUAUCAAAAUUAGUUCAAACAUUUUUAAGCAAUGUCACAACCCAUGUCUUGUGCUUGCAUCUUUUUUAAUAUAAAAUGCUGUGUAGAACAAAUUGUCUACUUCUGAAAUUUCAGUCUGUUAAAAUAACAUGAUCUGCUAGAAAUGUUGCUGAAAGCUUCAUUUAUACUUUUCUGUUUUGCAUACAAAGCCAAAUGUGAAAUUUUCAGCAGUUAAAAGUAUAAUUAAAAAGGUUAUGAUGCUUU